AUGACAUCAUUUGGAGGAGAUAGUGAGUCGCUUCAAUUAACGCUGUGGGAGCCAUUACGCUUUCGUAGUGAGGUUGAGGAGCAAACGCGUAAUGAACAAACGCGUAAUGAUGAGGAAAACCAGCCGCUAAUGCAAUCGCUGAUGGAGAAUCUGGAGUCGCCGUCACUGGGACUGAGACCCGAGGAGCUAAGAUGGUUUAGCGAGCAUCCUCAAUUCAAGCACUUUUGGCAUAUGCACAAGGCCAUGUAUUUGGAUACAACCCAUAAGACUCAGAGGUUGUGGAUGCUACUUCUACGCACAGCAAAGACAAACAAGAGGAGAGAGUGUUGGUUUGCUGUUAAUGGAGUUCCAAUUUGGUAUUCGCUUAAGGAACAUGCACUCAUAUCUGGAUUAGACUGUCAUGAUUAUCCAAAGAAUUAUGAGAAGAUGGGCAGUAGUGAUUUUAAGGAGAAGUAUUUUAAGAAAGGAACUGUCCCUGCAUUUGAUGUUGUUAAAGAGAAGCUUGAAAAGAUGCGUGGUGGUCCUGAUCGCUUAAGAAUGUGUGUUUUGUACUUUCUAGCAAGCGUGUUAGGUGGUAAGGCUAAGACGGGGAAGGGAGCUCCCUCGGUAGACCCUUUAUUCUUGAGGAUGGUAGAAGAUCUCGAUGCGUGUAGAACAUUUCCUUGUGGGAGGUAUUCAUUUGAUGCAAAUCUAAAGGAAAUUGAACAUACAUUGAGGCACUUCAAUGGGGUCGUCGAAACCGAUUCUUGGACAUUUCCUGGCUUUGUUACUCCCUUGGAGUUGCUACCUUUUGAAGCAAUACCUUGUCUGAAGGACACAUACAGAGAAUAA